CGAAGGCCCCGGGCUCCUGGCCGCACGGCAUUUCCUGCUCUAACCGGCUUCCGAGGAUUUGAAUCCAGGUUCCCGGUUUGCCCUCCGGAUGAGUCAAAUGCCAGUGGUGAUGGCGCCCCUCAAGAAUCCUCGACAUACCCCAAGGCUGCCCCUGGCUUUGAACCCCCUGAAGAGUAAGGACAUCUUGACAGUGCUUGCUGAGAGGAACCAGGCCAUAGUGCCAGUGGGGGCAUGGGUGGAACCUGCCUCGACGGAUAGUUCGCAAAUCCCCGCGUAUACUUCAGUAUGUGUGAUUGAAGAAGCACUAAAGGAACAGCUAAGAAAAAAGCAAGAAACUUUGAAGCAUUUCCAGAGGCAAGUCAAACACAGAGUAAAUCAACAAAUUAGGCUGAGAAAAAAGCAACAGCUUCAGAAGUCUUAUGAAGCACUUGGUGAAACCAUGAGACAGGUACGUCACCAACUGGCAUCCUUUAGCACUAUGGGGGAAAAAACGUCAUCACUGUUUCCAAGUGAAAUGAAAGAAAGUGUUCCCACCCAAGAGAAAGCACUUUGUAGGAAGCCAACAUCUAUCAGGAUAAAUAUAGAAGCAAAAGAAGAAAUCCCUUUGAAGGCCCUUCAAGGUCUUUCAACUAUGGUAUAUGAUCAUUCCUCUAUGCAGAAUGAGAAAUGUGACUCUGGAAAAUCGUUAUCCUUUGUGAAAGAUGAGAAAUGGACAGAGAAUGUGCUUUGGGGUGACCAGCAGGAUCUCUUUUCUAAAAUCGAAGACAAACCUUUCAUCAGAGUUCAGAAAAUAAAGUUCAAAAAUCCGGUAUUUGAUGUGAUUGAAGAGCGAGAACUAAAGCAGUUACAGCCUCAAGAUAUUUUGCCAGAAGCCCAGGAUUAUCUUCAAGAAACUCAGAGUGAUCUGCUGGAAACUCAGGAUGAUUUGCCAGGAGUCCAGAGUGUUGAGCCAGAUAUCCAGGCUAUUGAGCUGCAAGUUCAAGCUGGGAACCUAGAAACCCAGGCCAAUGACCUGGAAACUCAGACUGGUGAGCCCAAAGCCCAGGAUGCUGAGAUAGAAACUCAGGUUACAUUAGAAACCCAGAGUACAGAAUUGGAAGAUGGGAGGACUAUACAGGAAACUUCAGAUUUGCUACCCCCAAACCCAAAAUUUCAAUCCAAAGACCAGAGUUUUUUACUCAAAGAGCAAGAUAUUCUGCCUGAAGACCAGAAUAUUCUACCCAAACGCGAGGACCAGGAUUUUCUUCACAAAGACCAGAAAACAAAUUUGAAACAGCCAGCAUCCAUUUUGGUAGAUCGAAGAGAGAGAGAGGUGUUUUCUCCAGGUGUCCAUCAGGAUCUUCUGGGCAGGCAUCAAGACCAGUCCUCCGUCAGAUAUAAGAAAGUACGCUUUAAAGAGCCAUAUUCUGAUGUGACACCUGAGAGAGAGAGAGCAGACUUUUCCGUGGCAAGUAAUCAGUAUGUGCCUCUUAAACUCCAAGAGCAUACCUUCAUCAGAGACAUAGAGCAGACCAAAAAACAGAUAAAUAAGCAGGAAAUAAAUUCUGUACAACUGAACAUGUUUCUCAAGCAACCUGCAUCUUUUCUGGACGAGGAGAGAGUGAAGCAGGAAUUGUUUCAGGAAAAUUAUCAGUAUGUUACACCUAAAAUCCAGAACCAGUGCUCCCCAAGACAACAGAGUUUAUACUUAAAGCAGCAGUCAAAUAUUGGAACAGCUGAAAGAGAGCAAGAUGACCAUCAUCAUCUUCCACCUAGGCACCACAGGGUGGCUUCAAGCAGAAGACAGCGGCAAAAGCAGUACCUGAGAUAUAAACGACUUUUCAUGGAUAUUGAGCGAGAACAAGUAAAGGAACAACGAAGGCAAAAAGAACAUAAAAAGAAAAUAGAAAAAAUUAAGAACAAGAAAGAGGAAGAACGUUAUGCCGAAGAGCAGAGGAUCCUAAGAAUGAACUGUCAUGCAGAACCUGAUUUAGAGGAAAAGAUGAGUGAGAUAUUAGCCCAAUUACAACUUGAAGAAAUAAAAGGAGAAAGAGAAAAACAGCAACAGAGAAAAAGGGAAUACCUACGAUACGUAGAAGCUUUAAGAGCCCAGAUCCAGGAGAAAAUGCGUCUGAAUAAUAUUACUUUACCUCCACUAUGCUGUUGUGGUCCAGAUUUUUGGGAUGCUCAUCCCGAUACCUGUGCCAACAAUUGUAUUUUCUACAAAAAUCACAGAGCAUAUACUCGAGCACUACAUUCAGUGAUCAGUUCCUGUGAUAUACCUGAGGAAAACUCAACUCUUCGAACUGCAAUCCGUAAUUUUGCUUCAAUUUACAGACGGACUUUGAAAAACCUGUAAUUAGAAUCUGAAAUCAACUGGUAGUAUUUCAGUCUCCUCUUAAAAUCCACCCUAACUGAUUAUUUAGGAAAAGUAAUGAAGGUGUCUAAGAUGUGUAAUUCUGAAAAGAAAGCUGUCUCAUAUAACAGCUAUUUCUGUGAUUGGUGCUAGCCUUUGUCAGGCUCUGCCUCGUGACAAAGAUUGAAAUUUGACUUCCAAACUGAUCUCCUCUUUGUUGUGAACCAUGUGCUGGCUAUUGUUCUUAAGAAUGACCAAUCAAAUCAGAAAGUUUUCUUUUAUUGUGCUCUUCUCUUGUGCUUAUUGUUCUUUUCCAGAAGAAAUCCUGAGAAAAUUUUAACAUAAUCUCAUUUAUCAGUCUUGUAAAGCCAUUCCAAAAUUUAGUGUCUGAGAAAAGAUGAUAAAACAAGUUUUUGAACAUCCCAAGACAUUUAUUACUUAGUUUUUCUAAUUGUGAAUUAUAAUCGGAAGUGAGAAAUAUCUAAAUUUGAUGCAAAUUUUCUACUAAAAAUUUCUGGGUUUUUUUUUUUCAUUGACUCUUUCCAAGUUCAAUGACAGUACACACAGAGCUUUUUAAUUUAAAUUUUAUAAUUCUGACAGCCAGAAAAGAGAAAGACUAACAAACACUGUCUUUUGAGCAUCUUCUAUGAGAAAUAAUUGUGAUAUUUGAAAAAGUAAAUCUGAGGGCAAAGUGAAUGAAUUCCUGCCAUACUACUCCAUCUUUAAAAUAAUCUGGUAAAUGGUAUACCUGCAAAGCACAUGAAAUAAAAACUGCUAUCUUUAAUGUGAA